CCUUGCAGACGCACGCAGCGACCGACACUCAAGGUGCUGGAAGCGGGAGAGGGCAAACAGAGGCAGAAAGCAGAGGCAGGACAGUAAAUCAGAGGCCGUGUGAGGGAAAGGAAAACAAAUCAAGGACCAAGUGCAGCUCGGCUGAGGACUUGAUGAAUGCUCAUUCAACUGGCUUUAGUUUUCCCUCACUCACUGCGCUGUGAGCGAGCGUCGCAGAAGGGAUUUCAUCCUGGUUCACCGAGCAGCUGCAGAACUGUAAAUUUCUGCCACUGGUUUUGGAUUAUUUCAUGGCGGCUGUUGGGAUUGAAUGGGGAUGACAGCGUGCACAACGGAAGAUGAGCCUUGAUUCUGUGGAGGGCUCGAUCCGGUACCUGUUGUCGGGGCUGUACGCGCCCUUUGAGGCCACCGCCCCAACUCUCCUCAGCCAGCUCUUCCAAAUCAUUGAUAGUCGUUAUCGGGGAGAUGCUCUGCGGUGCCUGCUGGACUUUCUGGUCCCAGCCAAACGCAUCUUAGAAACCGUGCAGCAGGCUGCAUGCGCUCGGUACUCGGAUGUACUUUUCCCGUGUGAGGGCUGGCCUCUGUGUUUGCGUGACCGAGUUGUCGUCCACCUCGCUCCCGUCAACCCCUCGCUACUUCAGCCUGGCGACUUCUACCUCCGAGUGGCACCAUUCUGUAACCAGUCAGCUCGCAUCUUGGUCUGCAGCCUCCUGGAAGAGGAGGGCCUUACAGUGGAAGCUGUAGAGGAGGCUCCGAUCGUUGAUACAUCCUAUCCCUGUCUUUUUACCUGCGACUGGUUAGAGGAGAUCAACCAGGGCCGCCAUGGAAGGCCUCUCAGCCAGUGCCUGCUCGCCUCGGAGCAGGGCGUGGUGAGGUUGCCAUGGGAACGGGUGGCCGCGCCUGAUUUUGUGGAUGUGCCACUGUGUGCUGGGAGUAGUAUGGCCUCUGCUCCUCACACGCAUCCUCCUUUACCGCCUCCGCUUCCUCAUCCUCCACCCCUUCCUCAUUUUCCUGAGGUUUCUUCGUCCAAUAGUUCACACCCUCUUUCUCCAAAGACACCUUCACCUAAGCAGCAUCCUGUAACCAGUUCUACUGCAUCAACCUCCUCACAUCCCUCCGCCUUCUCUGUGGAGACGCGAAUAUGUCCAGCGAGGCACGGCAUUGCUGUGUCACUCUGCCUGGUGGAUACUAGCGGUGCUUCUUCAUCUAGACUUGUUACAGUGAAAGAGACUGGCAGUGAGCCUAAGCCUAUUGGCUGGGUGUCUCCUAAUACGUGGGACAGCUGCUUCCCUGGAAGAGGCCCGAGUACAACAAAUGAACCGAGCAUGGUUUUAGGUACUAGCACCCCUGCAAGUGGAGAAGCUACCUGCAAACGUGAAGAUAAGGGUGUAAUUGUUUCAGAAAUUACAGCACUAGAUAAACAUAAAGAUACAAACAUUAAAGAUAUGACAAGGAGAGAGCCAGCAGGCCGCACUGUUGCUGAAGGAGAGUAUAUUGACAUCCUCCAGGCAACUAUGCUUUUUAGUAAAGCUCAAUCUGCAACUAAGGAACAACACAAAUUAGAAAUGCAAUCGCGUGCAGAAAUCAACCCGCAAAUGCAAAGAUAUCCACAUAGACAAGCUCAAAUGCAUCCAUGUGCACAAAUGGAGUCAUACAGGCAAACACAGAGGCAGCCAAACACACAGACGUCACCCCAAGCACAGUUACAAGCACAUGGGCAGUUUCCUACAAAACCACCAACACAAAGUCAUUCUGGAUCAGAGGCUGCUGUUUCAUUAAAACCCAACACGUCCGCCGAAGCCGCUCUCCACCAUUCCCAAUCCCAUCACCCGGACCCGGAUCCUGACUGCGCUGAACCUUUCCAGUGUGUCCGUACGGUCCGUUUCUCAGAGAAACCCUGCACGCCGUGCAUGAGGAGAAGACAAGGCGCAAAGGCGUCCAAAUCUCAGGAGCUGAGGUGUCGAUUCAGGGACUCCUACCAGGCUGCGAUACAAAACCCCGUCCCCUUUGGACAGGAAAAGGACAGGGGGAAUAUGUUGGCUGUGGUGGAGGAGGGCGGUGAUUUCUCACAUUGGGAGAAAAGAGCACUGGAGACCAACGCAGGGCGCAAGGUUCCAGGUACGCGGUUUGAUUCUGGGAUGCAAAACAUGUCUCCUUCUUCUGUCAGUGGAGCCCUCGGUAAGGAGUCAGGAGAAAAGAACACAGUUCCAUAUUGGAAAACCGGAGAUACAAAUGCUGCCCCCUGUAAGGACUAUAGGGGGACGUAUGUUUCUAAAGUUGGUGGGCCACCAGAACAAACAGCUGAAAGGACCACUGUGCAUUUCAGGGAACCGAGGGAUUCACACAAUGUGAAUGGGACGAGCUUGAAUGAUCCUAACCAGUCAGAUGCAACGUCUGCCAAACACCACCAAUUACCAUUAACUUCAACUGACGGUUUGGAGAUGAAAAUGACCCUCAAGCCUCGUGAAAGGCUACAAAGUAGAAACAACUCCAAGGGAGUUGGUCCAAACUUUCCUCAGUCUCUUUCAGCACCACAGAGCAGACAUGAAUUCAUCUCAGAUGGAAGAUGUUCAUCCCUCUCCACAGCUGUGGUGGACACCUCAGAGAAGUGUGCGCUGGUCAUUGUUGAAGGUCAAAGCGUUAGAAGAAGAGACGAUACUGGGUCCUGUGCAGAGAUUCCCCAGCUGCAUGUAGUGAAAUGUAAGAACAGCACAGCCUUUGGAUUGGUUUCACCCAAGAUCAACAGGAAGCAGACGGUCGUUCCAGACGCUGCUCAGCCUGGCAGGAAGUUCAUAACCAGUAGAAGUGGCCACCAGGUGGAGAACCCUUCACAGAGCGAUCCACCUGCAGCAACAGAGACCCGGAAGGUCUCCGCGCCGGCUUCUAGUCGUCCCAGACCUGACCACCUUCCCCUGGGAUCCCCUGACCCCAGAGACCAGCCCCUCUACUUAGGAGUGGCCUCCAUCACAGGUGGCAGAGACAGGACAGGCAGGGCGAUAGUUGAGCUCUAUGGACACCACCAGGGAUGGAGAUCUUCUGUGACCAGUCAAGAGCUCUUACAGAUGCUGCUCUACUUCCGCACGAUCACCAGGAGAGAAAUCAGAGAAGCUGGGCUGAUGCUCAUUUUUGAUUCAAGGAGGACAAAUCCUCAGCCUCAACUUUAUAAGGCCUUGAUGACGUUUCAGGAGCAGAAUCCCCACGCAGUAAACUGCUUCGUGCUGCUGGUGAAUAGGGAGAACAGCCUUCGACCAGAGAGGUGUCCCGGCAUCCAGACUGAAGUGGUGACAUCCAUGAAAGGCCUGUUCAAGCUGGUGGAGAUGAGUCAGCUGAGCUCCUGCCUGGGUGGCACUCUGCCGCACAGCCACAGCGACUGGAUAGAGCUGCACCAGAAACUCUUCCCAUUUGUGUCUGAUCUUCAUGAGGCGGCCAGCCUUCUUCUGAGGGCCAUCACUGAGUUAGAGGAGCCCCAGGGGACGGACACUGUACAGACUGUGCAGCAGUGCAUGAUGGACCAGAGGACUCUGAUGAGACAUGUCCUGGAGGACAGUCGGUUAGUCAGCCUGCAGAGGGAGGGCGGGGCCAUCCUAGCGAGGCUGAGGAAGGAGAGCGACCUCAAAUACCCGCAUUGUGAGAACCUCAGUGACGCAGUGGACUCGGUGACGAGCAUGUACAACCAGGUGGAGGAGCAGGCUCAUGUCCUCGUGCAGAGGUCCAACAUGUCCCUGGAACACCUGGAGUGUCUGCUGGAACUCAGAGAGGUGGAGGGACACUUAAUGCAGAUGCAACAGUGGUUUCACAUAGAAGGAGAGCGCCACCUGCUGGAGGCCGAAUCCGUCAGCAACUCUGGGGAACAAAUGGAGCAGAUCCUCAACAGCUUCACUGGUUUCCUCAUUGAAGCAAAUGACCGAAGGCACCAUGCCAUGACGUUGGUGUCGGAGGCAGAGCGACUCCAGCAGAGCGGCUCCCAGUACACAGAGACGGAGGCCUUCGGGGAUCUAGUCAGCACCUUCAGGUCGGGCCUGGAGAGCUUUCUGGUCAGGGCGGAGGCUUGUGGCAGGGAGCUUCAGAUCAUGGUCAACGUGUGUGAUUUUUGUGAGCAGGCUACAGCUCUCGCCAGCGAAUGCAUUGAGUACCUGGAUCAGACUCAACCCAUAAUCCGUGACCCGACUACAACACCUGUCAAUCAAACAAUCACUCAGCCAAUACAGCGUCAAAACCAAGACCCCGGACUGAGCACCGCAUCCCUUUGCCCGCCUGAUAUCCAGGCAGCGCAUGGCUCAUGCCCAACCGCCACCAGUGAUUUCCUGCCAAGCACUGACACCUCCGUCCUCCAGGCUUUUCAAGACACGUUCCUUCAGUUCAGCAUGGAGCGAUUUCAGGAGGUGAAGGCCCAGGCCGGCGCCCUCCAGGGCUCCAGGGGGAUGCAAGUCUGGAACGUAGCCUGGCUGAGAUGCCGGGAGGCCAGGCAGCAGCUUCACGAGAGGAUGCAGGGUGUGGAGGACGUUUCCCAACACCAAGCAGAUUCUAGCAGCUUGUGUGAACUUCACUAUGUUGAUGUGGUGAGCACUAAUGUUCAGUCGCCCUCCUCCGGCGGCCGGAAUCUGGUGGUACAAUCUACACCCGGGCCUGGACACCCUCAGUGGGAGGGCAUCGUGUCGGGAGCGGUGGAUGUGGGGAAGAGACGGCCGAUCCUGGGCAGGAACAACACAACCUCAACAAAUGCGGCCUGCUGUAACGUCACAUCUGAGGAUCACAGCGAUGCUGGAACCAGCCAGGGCUCAAACGUCACGCCACAAUCUCCUCAAAGGUCAGCAAGACGAACAGAAGGAGAGGCGAGGAGGAGACAGACGAGCAGAGCGAGGAGCGAGAGAGAUGCGGCGGCUUUGUCUCAGUCCCACACUGUCGGCUGCCAGUGGUUUCCAUGGGGACGGGGUCUCAGAGCGAGGUCGGCGAGCCAGGACUCCUGCUCCACAGGAGAAGCAACUCCUCCGGAGCAGCCGCUUCGACCCCCGUCAUCCUGCUCCCAUCACGGUCAGCCGUCUUGCCGGAUCCUCCAGGAGGCUCAGAAGUUCCAGAUCUCCCGCCACGGGAGCUUCUGCUCGACAGAGUCCUGUACGAGCGACGGGGGGGCUGCAGGGGGUAACAGGACUCCAUACUGCAAACACGCCAGCCUGCCUGCCGGGAGAUGCGAGGAGGCGUUUUGUUUGGCAACUCCACAGGAGAAUGCCAGCAAUGCCCUGAGGCUGCAGCGCGUCAUGGAGGAGCUGGUGUUCACAGAGAGGGAGUACGUACGCUCACUGGGCUACAUCUUGACCCACUACCUCCCCCUGCUGGACAGACCAGAUAUCCCCCAGGACCUCAGGGGCAAGAGAGGGGUCAUCUUCGGUAACCUGGAGAAGCUUUACGACUUCCACAGUCAUUACUUCUUUCCAGAGCUGGAGGCCUGCCAAAGGGAGGCUGGCAUGGUGGCCCGCUGCUUCCUCAGACAUAGUGAGAGCUUUGGCCUGUACGCUCUGUACAGCAAGAACAAACCUCUGUCAGAUGCUCUUAUCCUCCACCGUCGCCACGACAUUUUCAAGAAGAAGCAGCAGGAGCUGGGCGACAUGAUGGACCUUUCAUCGUACCUGCUGAGGCCCAUCCAGAGGAUCAGCAAGUACAGCCUCUUGCUGCAGGACAUGCUGGCCCUGGCUGGCUCGCACGGGCCAAAAGACGUGAUCCAGGACACACUGCUCGCAUCCAGUGUGUGCGCACAAAGUGUGUGUGGCCCAGGUUCACGCGCGGCCGAUCCGACGAGCAUCGAGCCGGACCGGGAGAGGGCCGAGAUCCAAGCUGCUGCAGAUCUGGUUCGUUUUCAGAUGCGACACGGCAACGAUCUGCUCACCAUGGACGCCAUCCAGGAGUGUGACGUGAAUUUAAAAGAGCAGGGCCAGCUCGUUCGCCAAGAUGAGUUCACCGUUUUCUUUAGGAAGAAGAAAUGUGUCCGCCGCGUCUUUCUCUUUGAGGAUCUCGUCCUCUUCAGCAAGACCAGGAGGACAGAUAUUGGCAACGAUGUUUAUGUCUACAAGCAGUCAUUUAAGACGAGCGACAUCGGGAUGACCCACAACUCCACUGUGAACAGCUUGUCUUUUGAGAUAUGGUUUCGCAGAAGAAAACGCCAAGACACCUACACCCUGAAGGCCUCCAGCAUGGAGGUGAAGAAAGUGUGGACCACCGACCUGGAGAGGAUUCUGUGGAAUCAAGCCACUCACAGUCGAGAGCUGCGCAUGCAGGAGCGGGUGUUCAUGGGAACGGGCCGGAAGCCCUUCAUGGACAUUCAACCCAGUGAUGCUGCCAUCUCCGACCGAGCGGUCAGCUGCGCUCCGCCCGGGAGAAUGCCUGUGGCCUGUUGUUCACACAGGAGCAUAGACUAUCCAAGGCCGCACUCCGUCGGCUCAGGCAGCACCGCCUCCACCAACCUCAGCCAAUCAUCUUCCUCCUCUGGACGAGGCUCGCUGCCCCCUGCCGGUUAUCCGGGGAACCAGUCCCAGGGUUUGGAGAGCGGCUUCGCUGUCUGCUCCUCCCCGGAGAGUGUAACUGAAAAUGAACUCAACAUUCAUCAUCUUCGUCAGCAUCCUCUUUGUCGUAGUUGUGAACAAUGGAGGAGUCAUCAUCCCCCGGGAUCUGAACCAUCCAGAGAAUGCAUCGACCUCUUUAGCAGCCCGUCUGCUAUUGGUGCAGAGCUAACUGCAUCCUACAGUUCAAAACUCCUUCCACCACCUUGUCGGACCCCCAGCCUGAGGGAGAGAGACAGCUCACCUUUGGUUAACAGAAAGAAUCAAGGAGGGGUCCACCAACCUCCACAUCUGGCUAACAUUCAGGUGGAUGACAUUAUUAUUGGAAAAUCAACAGAAGUUUAACACUGGAUUCCCUGCAGGAGAUCAUCUCCUGCAGCUGCUCGUCCUGUUGGAGAUCCUGUGGCCACCAGACGUCCUUUGAUGAUCACAAGACAAGUCAGCUUUGUCUGGUCAAAAGUUCUUGUUUUAAUGAUUUACCGAAGCAAUUGAAGUUUGAUGUGUUGGUAUCACGUGUCGGUCAUUCAGACGUGGCUGUCUUACAUCACCUAUGGACUUAACAACACUCAGGAAAAGAAGGGGAUACUACAUGGAUGAUGUGGUAGACGGAUUCCUCAUGAGAAACGAUUUUGUGGGAUCUUCUGUGCUGUGCAGUCAUUAAUGUGCAGGGAUCACAAAAGGUUGCAUUCGUUAUUGUGAUGGAAAUAAACCGCUUGUGUGAGGGAAGCACACAGGACCAGCAUCAGCACACAUGCAUGGCUCUGUGUUGCAUGCUCCUUUUCAUUUGUUAUCAGGCAGAGCAACAUGAUUCUUUUAAAAACUCAAUCACGUUGUUAUGGUUACAAGAUGUGGAGAGGCAUGUGGAUACAGAGAAAGAAGUAAAAAUUAUAUACAUGUAUAUGGAAGGUUACUUCUUUUUCUCCACACUUUAGAAACCUUACAGUAGUUCUGUAUUUGCCAGAUGGGAUUGACCACUUGCAUAUGUGUUUUCACAUCUGGAUUUUAACUGCUCUGUAACCCACGGAUUUAAUACAGAAAGUAAAUAGAGAGAGAGCAAAUAUUUGAAAGACCAGGUUGUCAUGUAUUCUCUGGAUAGUGACAGAUACAGUAGAUGAAGAGAAGCUUUCAGGGAAAAAACACCUUAAGUUUUGUAGGAUCCACUAAUGGUUUCAUACCAACAUCCCACAACAAGAAUCUUUUCUGAUUAUUUUGUUAUCUUAACAAAAGAUGAAUGAAUGAAUCAGUUCAUAAUGUCAUCCUCUAUUUAUUUGAUCUUCAAGCUACUCACCUUUUUUCCUUUUGUUGAUAUGUUACAUUACUUUUGCUUAUUUAGCAGUCAAGUUGACUGUAGUUUGUGUUUCUUUGUUUUGUAAUGUGAGGUUGCUUCCCUCUCAGCUGACAGACUGCAGUAAAAUGAAGAUAAUUCCCCAAACUGUGAUGAUGCUUCACUUUCUUAUUCCACAGACAGUCAUUUCCAUGGAGGACGCCGUAGACACUUAUUGCAAAAGUUUUCAUUUCCUUUGUGCAGGUGUCACUGUGGUGCGGACCCCGAAUGCAGUUAAAAUCACUUCUUCAGUUUUGUAUUUCAUGUUUUAUGGGUAUUCCUCUGGCUAAUAAGCUUUAAUACAUUUUGUGGAAUAAUAGUAGGAGAUAUUAACCCACAUCCUCCUCUAUUGAGUUGCAGUCAUGACCUUUUUACAACUUCUCCCAGUUGUUGAAAGAUGUAAAAGGGAGAAUCCUAUUAUAUGGCCUGAGAUAUGUCACAGAGUUUACUGCCUUGCGACAAAAACAGCUGCUAAAUUGCGGAUAUUGUUUAAUGUAUGGUGUGUAAUUUACUUCUUUACAUUAUAGAAUUUACAGUUUGUGAUUAAUGUUGAAUGAUAGUAUUUUAUUUAUGUUGAAUCAUAAAUUGAUGAAGAUUGUGCAGCUGCAGAAAAAGUUGACUAUAAUUGACUAAAACUACUAUAAGGCAUCUUGUA